AUGGCCUCCAAUACUGUCUCAAGUAGGUUACUUGCUCUCUUUCUGUUGAGCUUGCUCAGUUGCAGGGUGCAAGCCCAGCUAUCAACAACGGGAUUCUACGCUCGCACUUGCCCAAAGUUGCAGAGCAUUGUCAGCUCAGCAAUGGCCAAAGCAGUGGCCAAAGAACCUCGCAUGGGCGCUUCCGUUCUCCGCCUCUUCUUUCAUGACUGCUUUGUUAAUGGUUGUGAUGCUUCAGUUCUUCUCGACGACACCUCAACUUUCACCGGCGAAAAGAACGCCUUCCCAAACCAGAACUCUCUUCGGGGCUUUGAAGUCAUCGACACAAUAAAAUCUCUUGUUGAAGCCUCAUGCAAAGCCACUGUGUCAUGCUCUGAUAUUCUCGCCCUUGCAGCUCGUGAAGGUGUUGUUCGGCUGGGCGGACCGUCCUGGACGGUGGCUCUCGGCCGCAGGGACUCCACGACGGCGAGCCAAAGCGCGGCAAAUAGCAAUCUCCCAAGCCCAGCCUCAAGCCUCUCAACGCUCAUCUCCGCCUUCGCGGCGAAGAAUAUGAGCCCGCGCGACAUGACUGCGCUUUCUGGUGCUCACACCAUUGGCCUGGCUCGCUGCACCACCUUCCGGUCUCACAUCUACAAUGACAAAAACAUAAACCCUAAUUUCGCUGCCCUUCGAAAGCAAAACUGUCCAUCUUCGGGUGGUGAUAACAACUUGGCUCCGCUUGAUCAACAGGGAGCAAACCGGUUUGGAGCCCAUUACUACCAGAACUUGGUGGGUCGCAGUGGACUCCUGCAUUCGGAUCAGGAGCUCUUUAAUAAUGGGACGCAGGAUUUAUUGGUGAGACAGUACAGUGCAAAUAUUCAAUUGUUCUUCAGGGAUUUUGCUUCAGCUAUGGUGAAGAUGGGAGCCCUUAGCCCGCUUACGGGCACCAACGGUCAGAUCCGUUUGAACUGCAGGAAGACAAAUUAA